GUACAGCUCUAAGUUCAUAGGCUGCUUAUUUACAGGAAGAACUACGCCCAUACUUUUCAUUGCCUAGGGUUAUGGAUGGUCUUUUCAGCCUUGUAAAUAUGCUGUUUGGUAUCAAUGUUGAGCCUGCUGAUGGAUUAGCUCCGGUUUGGAACAACGAUGUGCGGUUUUACCGCGUGAAUGAUUCCUCUGGAAGUCCCAUUGCCUACUUUUAUUUUGAUCCAUACUCUCGUCCGUCUGAGAAACGUGGAGGUGCAUGGAUGGAUGAAGUUGUUAGCCGAAGCCGUGUAUUAUCACUAGAUGGUGCCUCUACUAGAUUGCCUGUUGCCCACAUGGUUUGUAAUCAAAUGCCACCAGUUGGGGAUAAACCCAGCCUAAUGACAUUCCGCGAGGUUGAGACUGUCUUCCAUGAAUUUGGACACGCCCUUCAGCAUAUGCUCACUAAGCAGGAUGAGGGUUUGGUUGCUGGUAUAAGGGGCGUAGAAUGGGAUGCUGUGGAAUUACCAUCACAAUUCAUGGAAAAUUGGUGCUAUCACAGGGAUACUCUGAUGGGCAUUGCUAAGCAUCAUGAAACUGGAGAGUCUCUCCCAGAAGACAUAUACAAGAAGCUUCUUACUGCUAGGACUUUUCGUGCUGGUACCUUAAGCCUUCGGCAGUUGAGAUUUGCAACUGUUGAUCUUGAGUUACAUGCAAAAUAUGUUCCGGGUGGCUCAGAAUCAAUCUAUUGUGUUGACCGACGGGUCUCUAAGAGAACCCAAGUGCUUCCUCCACUCCCAGAGGAUAAGUUCCUUUGCAGUUUCAGUCACGUUUUUGCGGGUGGAUAUGCUGCUGGAUACUACAGUUACAAGUGGGCAGAGGUUUUGUCUGCAGACGCUUUCUCUGCAUUCGAGGAUGCUGGGCUAGAGAAUGAGAAGGCUGUGAAAGAAACAGGCCACAGAUUCAGGGAGACCGUUCUUGCUCUUGGAGGUGGAAAGGCUCCAUUGGAGAUGCAUAUUCAGGUUUUCGUGCAAUUUAGAGGUCGGGAACCUUCUCCAGAACCGCUGCUUAGGCAUAACGGCCUACUCCCAGCUACUGCCUCUGCAUGAGAUCGUUUUAAAACCUUGUGCAAUCUUAAUGGCCACUAGAAGUAUUUGCAUGCUUUCACGCCAUUGGAUGUAACUGCAUUUUUUUCAAGGCUUGAUAUAUUAUUUAUUUCAGAACGAGCUUUGUUAUUGAGAAUCGGAUAAUAUGGAUUAGUAGCAUCUGAUUUACUGGUUAUAAAUGAAUUUCUUGGUUCUUCCUCGUC